GACCGGAUUCACCUCAUCGGGGGAGAUCUGGGUCCCUUCAACCCUGGCUUGCCAGUGGAAGUGCCUGUGUGGUUGGCCAUUAAUCUGAAGCAGAGGCAGAAGUGUCGGCUCAUUCCCCCAGAGUGGAUGGAUGUUGGGAAACUGGAGGAAAUCCGGGAUCAGGAGCGGAAGGAGGACACCUUCACCCCAAUGCCCAGUCCCUACUACAUGGAGCUCACCAAGCUGCUGCUGAACUAUGCCUCUGACAACAUCCCCAGGGCGGACGAGAUCCGGACGCUGGUGAAGGACACGUGGGACACGCGCAUGGCCAAGCUGCGCCUGUCCGCCGACAGCUUCGUGCGGCAGCAGGAGGCUCACGCCAAGCUGGAUAACUUAACCCUGAUGGAGAUCAACACCACUGGGACUUUCCUCACCCAGGCCUUGGACCACAUGUACAAGCUCCGGACCAACCUCCAGCCUGGAGAGGGCUCCCACUCCCAGGACUUCUGACGGGGAGUGGGAAGGAGCUGAGGAGCUGCUUCACCUGGGCAGCCCCCACUGCCUGCAGGGACUGCCUGCCCCCAAAUCCCCCCUCAGGGCUGGGGGAAUUGCUCCAGAGCUGCUGCAGCAUCCCCAGAGCCUCAGUGCAGGGGCUUUUUGCCCUCCCUCCCCCAGGGGUUUUUACUCUCCAUCCUGGGGUUGUCCCCACCCCCUUUUGGGGCACUUUUACUCCCAACCUUUUUGUCAUCCCCCAAAACACAACUUUAUUCAAAGCCCAGCUCUGUCCAUGUCCCUUUCUCUAUUUACAGCUCUGGGAUGUGGCACUGGGGGUGACACAGGGCACAGGGUGAGCUUGGGGACAUCAGCUGUGUGUCACUCUGUCCUGUCUGUGUGUCCUCCCCCUUGGAGUCACUGUAUCCUGUCCUUGUCCUAGUCCAGGUGCCACCCCAUUCCCUCACCUGUGGCACAACUCGUGUGACCCCAGCUCUGUCACUGCCCAUUAAACACUCCCUGUGUCCCCUGGCAUGGUGGCACCGUGUCCCCUGUGUGUGGCACAGUCCCUAUUGACCCCACUGCAGUGUCCCCACAGGGCACAGAGAUGCCCCAGCUGUCCUUGUGUGUCCCCACAUGCUGGUGCCACUGUCCCUGUGUGCCUCAGG